ACUUUGGUCUCCUUAUGUCUAUUCUUCAGGGUCCAUGGUCUUACACUUUUAUGUUAUUGCUGUGUAUUGGCUGCACUGCAUUGCACAAUCAUGGCUGAUCCGUUGAGUUUGCUUCGACAAUAUAAUGUCAACAAAAAAGAGAUUAUUGAACGAGAAAGUCAAAUUAUUUUUGGGGAAUUCUCCUGGCCAAAAAACGUAAAAACCAACUACUUGACCUACGGGUCAGGGAAGGAGGGUACGCCGAAAGAGUAUUACACUCUAGAGUGUCUUUUAUUCUUGCUGAAACAUGUCCAACUUACACAUCCUGUAUACGUGCGGCAAGCAGCUGCAGAAAACAUUCCUGUCGUGCGUCGACCGGAUAGGAAAGAUCUAUUGGCAUACCUCAACGGCGAAACAGCUACUUCGGCCGCCAUAGAUAAAUCCGCUCCUCUUGAAAUACCCACGCAGGUAAAACGUGCUGCUGAGGAUGGUCUCGAAAGCGGCUCCUCGAAGAAGCCUCGUUUUGAAGAAACACACGUACAAAAGGUUAAGGAACAACUUGCAGCCAGGCUGGACGCUCCAAAGGAAGCAUCCGUCACAGUAGACAAUAUCAAAUCAUUAUCAGAGGCCAUGUCCGUGGAGAAAAUUGCUGCCAUCAAGGCGAAACGUUUAGCGAAAAAGAGAACCACUAUAAAGGAGAAUGACGAUAUAGGAAUGGGGUCAGAUUUGAAGGUAAUUUUGGACAUGGAUGUAGAUGACACAAAGGACAUUGUUUCUAGGGAAAGACAGUGGAGGACAAGAGCCACAAUUCUGCAGAGUAGUGGAAAGGUUUUCGCAAAGAAUAUCCUUGCUAUUUUACAAAGUAUAAAGGCUCGAGAGGAGGGAAGACAAAAAGGACCAGUAAUUCCCACUCCAAUGAUCACUCCGAGAUCCACUCCGAUGAGACCAUUGCCUCAGCCGACACAAUAUAAUCGUUACGAUCAAGAAAGAUUUAUUCGGCAAAAGGAAGAGACAGAAGGUUUCAAAAUCGACACCAUGGGAACCUAUCAUGGUAUGACCUUGAAAUCCGUAACAGAAGGUACCAAUCCUGCCAUUAGGAAACCUCCAACUGUUCCGAGCGCUACUCCAACUUCUGGUUUACUGCCAACUUCAGCUGCAAAGUUAACCCCGCAGCAAGCGGCUCAGAACAAACGACCCAGCAGGACUCCUAUAAUUAUUAUUCCUAGCGCCACAACUUCCCUUAUCACCAUGUACAAUGCAAAAGAUGUUUUGCAAGACUUAAAGUAUAUCACGAAUGAGGAAAAGAGAACACAUGGCUGCAAACGAGAGUCGGAGAUUCUUCUACAACGAAGGAAGGAGGGUGGUUUGACUGUCCCGUAUCGGGUUGUGGAUAACCCCCAGAAAUUAAACAAUGCAGACUGGGAGAGAGUCGUUGCUGUGUUUGUCAAUGGGCCAGCCUGGCAGUUCAAGGGAUGGCCUUUCGAUGGGAACCCUGUCGAAAUUUUCUCUAAAAUUUGUGCAUUUCACAUCAAAUACGAUGAAAUGAAACUCGACGCUAAUGUUGGAAGAUGGGCCGUGACUGUUAUUGAAUUAAGCCGAACCAAACGGCAUUUAGACAGGGCAGCUCUCAUGGUAUUUUGGGAACACUUGGAUAAACAUAUGAUUAAAAACAAACCUCAUCUUCGGUUUUAAAGCUCAACUUCAUCAGAGAAAUGAUGAUGACCAGGUAAAGCUACCUAAAAUUUUGAACUGUAUUUUUUGUAGUGCAACUAUGGCAACGAUUUACAUUGUAAGAAUAAGAAACAGAUUUAAAUACAUGAAGAUAAUGUAUAAAUUUCGACACCACGAUGCUUCCCUGAUUAAUUCCAAAAAAGAAGCAAAUAAAAGAAUGCAAUUCCUGCCUCAAUUUCAUUAGCUUGAAUUUCAUUAUUUGUAUUUUUAAAUAAAAAAACUGCUUCAUUAAUUCAUUCAUUUUAAGAUUGACUUCUUAUAGCUUUAUAAAAAAUCUAAGAAAAAAGCUGCAAAUGAGUCAAAUCAAAAUGUACCAAUUGGUGUCAAACUAUUUUUUUUUCUAAACAGCAAUAUUAAAAAGUUAUUUUUUUUACAUCGUUGUCACUUCGCACUUGCAUGUAUUUUUACAUAAACGACUUGUACAUACCCAAAUUUAUUCAAAAGCUUGUGAACAAAAAACUAUAAAAGUUCGUGGUCAAACUUUGUAUAAGGAUUUUAUUAGUAGGAUCUUCUUUAACGUCUAUUAAAGAAAAACUGCGAAGCA